AAUUUAUCUCAAUAUGGUUUCCCGAGGUGGGCAAGUCUUUCAGCAACGUGACAGUGAUUUUAACCUUACCCCUAAAAUCUGACUCGAAUUACUUUAUUCAAGUAAGCCAAAAUAUUGAACAAUCUCGGAGCGAUAAUAUAUGUAUUUUUACAUAUAUAGAAGGUGAAUCACACGAAGAUAAUUCGUUAUAAGUAUACAAAAAAUAAAAAUAUCAAUGGUGUCAUAAUAGAACGUUCGUAAAAAUCAAUGUUUAAAAUUUUAUUGUAAACAAUAAAAUAUCAUUGUCAUUGCGCCUAAAUGUUUUAUCAGUAUCGACGACGUGGUUAAUUGAUUGCCUCACCAAAGAUAUAUAUUGUAUGUAAUUAAAGAUUCAUAAGGUAGUUACGUGAUUCAACCUGUAUAAUGUCCGAAGAUUACAAUUAUGCUUGUGAGAGAGCAGAAUUACUCGGUUUGCCUGUUCCCAGUCUCGAGGAAUGGACUGAAAGUCAAAAAGCACAGGAGGCCGAUCGUGCCGAUCACGAGGAUGAUGACGACGCGAUCCUUCAGAAUCUAGACAAAUCGAACGAGGCUGCACAACGAGUUAGCGGUGGAUUAGACGAAUUAAAUAGCAUCCUCAGUACAACUCAAAAAAAGAUCAACAGAUUUAAGAACGUUUGCGGCAGCCUGGGUACAUUACUCAAAGUGAAGGUAGGGUCACGUGGUGGCACACCGAAUCACAAAUCAAUGGAACGUAAUAAAGCAAAAGAAGGGCAAGUAAUGAUAACUGCGGAGGAAGAAAGCAUGACGGUCGAUUUAUCGGAAAACUCGAAAAACCCAAUAAUCUCCGAGGAAAGUAGCGAGAUCAUUACGAUACCAUCAAAGAAGAUUGACAUUAAUGAAAAAAUGGGAUCGCAUUUGGGCAAAUUAGAUUCUUUGAUCACGAAAGCCGAAAAUGCUCAAUACAGUAUGCAGCAUCAGACUAAGCAAAUGAGAAAAUUUUUAAAAUAAUUUUUGAAAUGAUUUAAAGUUAUCAUCGAAAUAUCUAUUUAUCUAUCUAUCUAUUUUCCCUUUUAUCGAAUGUUAACGAUCUUGUAAUUAAUAUCUACAGCAUUCGAUAAUCGGUUAUUAUUCGAUCAUGUUAGAGCUUGGUAUAUAUGUAUUUAUAUCGUUAUUAUCCAUUGAAAUAUUUAAAAUGAAGACGUUAUAUCCAACGAUUGAAUCUUUAAUUGCUAUAAAGCAAUUUCCGAGAAUUGCAAAUAUUUUUAUGGAUCUAUACGUUAAUUGUAAGAUGUAAUUGAUUUUAUAUAAGUACGGGUUUAUUAAUUAACGACGGCAAUGACGCUCGUAGUUGUCUGUUAUGCCAUAAGGCGUAAACAUCGUUACAUUUGUUGUCGGAUACGUUACACUCAACAAUGUUAACAGCAUUAACUUUUGUAGAUGAUAAAUUUUCGCUGAUACAUUUUGAUACUACCUAUAAAAAGCAAUAUAGGGAUUAAAGUUAUUAGGAUCAAGAAAAAGAAUAAUUUUAAAGCUCCAUUAAAUAUACGUUUAUAAUUAAUGAACGAUAAAUAAUUCUCAUUGUGCGUUAAUUUAAGAAUUGAUUACAGAAUUAGAUGCUUUUGAUUCGUACGAACAUCGAUAAAGUUCUUGAAAUGAUCACUCAUUAUAAUUCUAUCUAUAUAUGAAUCUAUAUGCAUUGAUAAAACGAUACUUAUAAAAAUAUGAUCUAUAUAAAAACUUCUUCGUGCGCGUGAAACACACCGAUAGAGGUAUAUACUUAUACGCAUAAUAGUUAUAUAUUAAAAGGCAAAGGAAUGUAUGUAAAUGUCUAUAUCAUUCCUAUCAAGAAAACGAAGCCUUUUUGUGCAUAUGUAGCAAUUUUUUCCUGCUAGAUACGAGAGACAUAUCUCAUUGCGAUGAAAAAAAAAUUAAUCUUCCCGUUAAUUUUAUACGCUAUAAAAUAUGUAAUAAAAUAGAGAAUUCCUUAUACCGCUUAAGAUGCUUAAAUGAGUAAUUCAAAAAAACAAUGGCCAAAAAAAUGUUUCCUAAUUUAUAUAUCCACAUUUUUGCAAGAUAACUCGCUUAACACACGGAUAAACGUACAUGAUUCGCCUAUUUAUUGCUAUUAUAAAAAAUUAAAGUGAAACACAUCGUGAUGAAUCUGUUGAUAUAUGACGCUGUCAUGGAUUGUAACGAGACUGUUUUUGAUUACUUUGUUGUAAUAUGUAUAUAACGAAAAAAAUAAUAAAAACGGACAGUUGAACCUCAAUAA